AUGGGUGAACAUCUAGGGUCACUUAAUGCUUUUUUAGCUGUCCCUGUUUAUGAUUCUCAAGUAUCUUACGGAUUUAAACCUCUUAAAUCAACCCGGAAUACUCCUAGUGAUCUCAAAAUUAAUUCAAAAUUAUCCACAAGAGCAUCAUCUCGCAGGAGAAAUAAUAGUUUACGCGAUCAAAUAGAUUUAUCAUCAAGAGACUAUGAAGAUUUUCCAAACGGCUACUCAUAUCGUACCUAUCCAAAAGACAUUCAAUCAAUUAUCAAUUCAAAUUCAUGUCAAAAAUUUCCUAAAAAGCCAAAAUAUAAACGGCCACAUUCCGAAAUCCCUGAUUAUUCCUAUAUUGAAAGCCGAGUCCAGUCCUUCAGAAAUACUGAAGAAUACGAAGUUCCGCUACCAAUGGACAUUCCUCUUCGAGAUCGUGUCAAGAAUGAGCUUCUAAUGAGAAAUUAUCAUCAUAUCAUAAGAGCAAUGAGAAAAACCCAAAAAGAAGAUGAAGAAAAUAAAAUAAAAGAGUCUAUUGUCAAUAAUUCAGUUUUUGAUAGGCUUUCUCAUAACUAUAGACACCCGACAAAUAUUAUAUCGCCACCUCGUAUUAGAUUUAAAAAAGAUUCAGACGAAAUCACAGGGGUUUUAUACAAAAAAAGAGUCGCUUUAUGCAAAAAUCUCGCCAUUUCAGUGGAUAAAUGGAAAAAGAAGCGAUUUUUAAUCACCCCAGAACCGAACGUAAAAACGAGAAUCUCGAAAAUUUUAAAAGUAUGGUAA